GCGGCUGCCCGGCGGGGUGCCCCGGCCCGGGGUGAGCAUGGUGCCCUAGUGCUGGGGCUAUGUCGGAGGCGGCCCGGAGCCUCCUGCAGCGCUGGGGCGCCAGCUUCAGGAAGGGCACCGACUUCGACUCCUGGGGGCAGCUGGUGGAGGCGAUCGACGAGUACCAGAUAUUAGCAAGGCAUCUACAAAAAGAGGCACAGUCUCAGCACAACAACUCGGAAUUCACAGAAGAUCAAAAGAAAACCAUAGCUAAAAUUGCAACAUGCUUGGAACUGAGAAGUGCAGCUUUACAGUCCACCCAAUCACAGGAUGAAUUUAAGCUUGAGGACUUGAAGAAGUUGGAACCAAUCUUAAAGAAUAUCCUCACUUAUAAUAAGGAGUUCCCCUUUGAUGUUCAGCCUGUCCCACUCAGGAAGAUUUUAGCACCUGGAGAAGAGGAACACUUGGAGUUUGAGGAGGAUGAUGAGGAAGGAGGAGCUGGAGCAGGGUCUCCAGACUCUUUUCCUGCUAGAGUUCCAGGAGCCAAUGAAGGUACUUUAUUACCCAGAUUGCCAUCUGAACCCGGGAUGACAUUACUCACAAUCAACAUAGAGAAAAUUGGUCUGAAAGAUGCUGGGCAGUGCAUUGAUCCUUACAUCACAGUCAGUGUAAAGGAUUUGAAUGGGAUAGAUCUGACUCCUGUGCAAGAUACUCCUGUGGCUUUGAGGAAGGAGGACACGUAUGUCCAUUUUAAUGUGGACAUCGAGAUUCAGAAACACAUUGAAAAACUAACAAAAGGUGCAGCUAUUUUCUUUGAAUUCAAACACUACAAGCCUAAGAAAAGGUUUACUAGCACCAAGUGCUUUGCUUUCAUGGAGAUGGAUGAAAUUAAACCUGGGGCGAUUGUUAUAGAACUGUACAAAAAACCCACUGACUUUAAAAGGAAGAAAUUGCAACUGUUGACCAAGAAACCACUUUACCUUCACCUCCAUCAAACAUUGCACAAGGAAUGACCCUAGUUGUGAGACUUCUGUGAACUGAACCGCAAGUCAUGGUAGCUCUGUGUAGUAGCCUUCGAGGGGCAGGAAAACGACUGUAUUCAUGCCAGUAGGUCAGACGGGACCAUCACACACUGCACAGCACUACUUCAGGGUCAGAGGCAAGCCUACCAUUCAAGUGCAAGAUUUUUUCAGUACCUUCCAGAUACAGGUUUUUCUGAGAGCCCUGAAAUACGUUGACUGCUUUUCCUAUUUUUGCUGUUCAUCACUUUUUAUCUUAACCGUUAUUAUCCUUUUGCCUCAAACUCCACCCAAGGAUGGAGACUGCCCCUUUGCCAAACCUGUAGCAAUAAAGACGUGGCAGGCCUACUAACUGUUUACACUUGCUGUGCUAUUGUAGUUCCUCUCAUCUGCAUUUCGGAGUCCUCUGUAGCAGGCUGGGUGGCAGAAGACCGGGAGAAAGACAAGGUUGGGUGGGAAGGAGCUUGAGGUACUGCAAGUGACUUAAAGUGAGGGAGAGGAGGAUGCUGGGUCAAGUGGGGUGGCCACAGAAGAGCUCCUCAGUCAGCUGUUGUGCUUUGGUCAGGCCAGGAGGAGGACAACUGCAGAUGAGAACACUGAACUAUGAUUUUAAAACAAACAGCCUUGCCUGAUCCACUCCUACUGAGUUCUGGAUACAUGCUACAAUCCUUUAAAUCACCAUUACUCCCUAAUAGAUCUAAUUUUUCUGAAUCUUGCCACAGAGUGAUUUGCAAAGGCGGGUGGGGGAUGGAGAGAGGCUUUCUCCAGGGAUUCAUCCGUGUGGUGGUGGAUGUUUUGCCAUGUCAGUGACAGCAGGACAGGCCCCUCAGUGUUCAAGCGUCAAUUUUCCAGAGCUUUUGGUAAAGUAGAUCUGGCUGCAGGUUGACCCACCUUUUACAUGAAACUGCUGUUCUUAUGGAAACUGAUUGUAUGCAGUUUUCUGCAUAUUUUGUGCAAGUCUGGAAACUUCCUCUAAAAAUUACCUUUUUAUGUAAGUAGAUAGGAUUAUCAUUUAUUUUCUAUAUUUUUGAUUUGGUGUGUAAUAAGCUGCAGGACAUUGGCUUAUUAUGACACACUUACAUUCACCUUUUGACCUAAUAAAGGGACAGAAGUAGAACCCAGUCAAAUCUUUCAUAUAUUUGCGUGGAUAUUUAAUACAAUACUUUAAGGUUUGAUAUACUUCUUGCAUAUCUAACUAGUGCCUAAAUACUCUGCUAUGCUAACAAAAGACCCAGCUCCCAAAAUAAUGUCAAAUACUAGGUUUAUUUUAAACAGUCUGGAUGCAGAUGUAUUGCCAGUUCCUCUUUUCUGUCAUGUAACCCCAAGAUGUUACGUUAUGCUUUAAUGGAAGGGAUGUUACUUUUCCUCAUGAUAUUUAUCUACAGGCCUGUGUUCAGCAUUUUUGGCUUUACCAUAUUGAUUAGGAUAAAAAGCUAUAUUUGAAUGUCCUAA